AUGAAAUUAUUCGCACUUGGAGAAGGAUGUCAUGUCCUCACCUUUAAAAACACAACCAUCAUGUUGGAUUGUGCUUUGGAUUGGGGAUCAUCGAGUUCUACUUGGGACUUUUUGAAGAGAAAUAUUUUGCAAGGAAAUAAUUUAAAUUAUUCGGAGGUGAGUCAUGUGGGGGAAUUGACGACCAUGACCCCCACAAAAACCCUACUCAAUCUUUUGAAUAGGACUCAUCGUAUUUCUCCAUUUGCAACCAACAAUAAUAAUAGUAACAUGAAAGGAAAACAAAAUGAUGAUCAUACAAUUACUGCAAAUUCAUCGGUAAUAUUCAAGACUCCUAAUUUUCACAAAAUUGAUUGCAAACAAAUUGAUAUCAUUCUUGUUACAAACCCUCAUAAUUUACUAGCAUUACCUUUUCUUUAUCAGCAUUUAAAACAACAGGCAGAUUUUAGAAAAGAUCCAAACCCAGUAAAGAUGCCUCCUAUUUAUGCCACAGAACCAACAGUACAAUUGGGAAAGAAAAUGAUGCAGGAAUUGCUUGCCUAUGUGAAGCAAAGCGAACAUUUAGAAUUAUCGAGUAUUGACCAAAUUAUUCAAAUCACAACUAAACAACAAAAGAAAGAGUCAGAUUCUAGAAGUACUGAUUUGGUUCCCCUCUUAUGUGAAAAGUAUAUUUAUUCUGAUGAGGAUAUCUCGAAAGUUGUCGAGAGCAUGAAGAGUGUGAGUUAUCAAGAGCGAAUUGCUGUAUUUGGAGGAAUUUUCCAAAUCGCUGCUCUAAGCAGUGGUUAUAGUUUGGGGUACUGUAAUUGGGUGAUUCAGACAGAAUAUGAGAAGAUCUUUUACAUGAGUCAUAGCAGUCGGUCGGGCGCCCAAGUUCGUCAUCCAUCCGAAUUAGACUUGUCUCUUGUGACUCCUCAAUUCACCUCAACAACAGGCUCCUCGAAUGGAAGCGUAUCUUCAGUAGUGCAAACCACGUCAGGCAGCGGAUCCAUGAUCAAUCUUGUCAUGAUCGUUUCCAACGUGUGCCCAAAGAGUGAGAAGAAUUUAUACUACUUUGAACAAUCCUAUCAACAGAUUGCAGCAAGAAUUGGUGGAGGUACCUCCAUGACCAGUAAGAGUCAAUAUGCCAUCGAUACUGAAAAUAUCAAAAUUGUGAAACCAUUCUGUCACUACUUCCCUGAAGCGACACUUAACGACUUUUGCAGAAUUAUUGGAAAAACGAUCGAAUCAGGGGGAGAUGUACUCAUCCCAUGCCACACGACAGGUCUCGUCUAUGAUUUGAUUGACUUUUUGUCGACCUAUUUCAACUCUGUACAUUUAGGAAAUACCCUUAUCUAUCUUGUGUCUCCAGUUGCAGAUCAUUCGAUACAGUAUGCCAAUAUCAGUGCAGAGUGGUUAUGUGAUUCCAAGAUGGAUAAGACCAUUUCUGCAGAAUCUCCCUUCCUACACACGAAUUUGCUUCAAAACAAAUCUCUCAUGACCUUUGAGAGUGUGAAUGCUAAAUUUAUGCAAGUCUAUCAACAGAAUAGAAGUUCUCAUCCAUGUGUAAUAUUUGCAGGUCAUCCAUCGUUACGAAUGGGAGAUAUUUUACAACUCAUUCCAAUCUUUCAAAGAAAUACCAAUAAUGCACUCAUGUAUAUUGAACCAGAGUACUCCUUCUUUGAUGCCAUAGAACCAUUCAUCCCUACAUCUCCAAAUCAGCCAUCCAUGAAGUUUAUUCACUGUCCAAUUGAUUUAAGACUGAAAAAUAAUGAUUUGGUUCAUAUUGUGAAACAACUUGUUCCUCAACAUCUCAUUUUGACCAAUGUAUCCAUCGAUAUUCAACCACAGCAAAUUCAUCAAAAGAAUGUUCUCUCACCCAACACUGAACUUAUUAGUGCUCUCAAUGGUUAUCAAACAUCGAGUACAUUACUGAACUGCUUAGAUAUUAGGAUAAUUUCUAAAUUUGUGACCGAGAAGAUGCAUGUCAUUUCCACACCAGGUACCUCUGCAAGAUAUGGCAUUGAUGGUGACGACAUUCUUUCCAUUAAGAAACAUCACAUGAAACGAAAAUAUGAGUUGGCCACCAUUUCCUCAGAACUCGCCAAAACCAUCUAUCCAAAGUCUGUGAAAGGGGUCUAUGUUUCUCGUGUCACUGCAAGUCUCACCUCAAAGAAUGGUAAACACUUGUUGGAUGUUCCAACACUCUCAGAGGAUAUUAAAGACUCCACAACGGACGAAUCCAGUAAAAAGAAACGAAAACAAGAAAAUACAGACCUCAUGGUAUUUGGCGACGUGAGUGUGGAGAAAAUUGUCAAACAUUUACAAAUGGAAGGUUUUGACAAAAUUUCAGUCCUCUCUGACCCAUCCGAAUAUGGCACUUACACCAUUGAAAUUCCACAACUCGACUCUAAGAUUAUUUUCAAUGCAGAAGAUACCACCAUUGAAACACCUGAUGAAACAUCUCGACACUAUCUCAAAGAACUGCUCAUGCAAAAUUUGUACAUGUUGUAA